AUGUUUGACGAAUUUGUCGAGCAUGCCGGAACGCCAGAAGUUGCGCGAAAGACGGUCCCGCAACUUGAAACUCAGGGAUUCGAGCCAGAUGAUCCAUCCAUGGCGUUCCAAGAGGAACCAGAAACCAUCCUAACCUCGCUCGAAACAGGUUAUUUCUCUGCUAAUGCGGCAUCAGCGGUGGAUAAUGAUCCGCUCUUUGUUCUUGGACGCGUUCAGGUCGAUAUACCUGGCUCUUUAGUCGCCUUUGCCGUGGCUUCCGACAUGCUCUACAUGGGUUGUUCGAACGACAUGCUUAUUCAUAUCAAUCUCAAAAAUCCGGAGAAGAUUGUCAAAAUUCCUCUUAAAGCGUCGGUCUAUAAGCUAUUCCUCGAUCCCUCUGGCCGGCAUCUCUUGAUUGCGACUACUCAAGGCGAGAAUUGGUAUCUAUGCUCUCAGUGGAAAGAGUUCCUUCCACGACCAAUCAAGUCCUUCAAAAUGGUCAUUGAGACUGUAGCAUGGAAUACAUCGUACUUGCUCUCAAAUGUAGCACGGACAGCUACAACUACACGGGAGAUGCUCAUUGGAGGCCGGAACGGUAUCAUCUAUGAGGGAAUGCUUGACAGCAAAGAAGAGAUUUUCAGGCCGCACGACAGGAAUGUGACUGCAGUAUUCACAUUGCCAGAACGGACACCCAUCACUGGCCUAUGUUUCCAGUGGUUCCCUCCAAACGAACAGAAGAGAGGGCUGGUCGUAGUUACCACGGCCACACGUAUCUAUCAGUUUGUCGGCAGUCCUACGGACAAGCGUUCCGAAGACGGAGCACGAAUGUUUUCGCAACUGUUCUCGUCUUACAAAGGAACAGAGCUGAAAUUCUUAGAACUUCCCGGGUCUACCCACUCCGAGCUGCAUGCGCGAUACUCUGCCGAUAGGACAUUGAUAACAUCUGUUGCAUGGCUGACAGGGCAGGGUAUCUAUUACGGACUGGUCAACUAUGGCUCUUCGACUUCCUCCGACGCACUCAUCGACUCAGCCCAACUACUUCCAUAUCCACCUCCGUUCAAUGCUACAUCCCCUGUACCACUUCUGUCUAGUCCACUCUCUCCGCCUUCUACCGCACUCCCCGAAGUACCUGUCUCUAUAUCCCUCACUGAGUUUCACUUUCUUUCCUUGUUCAACGAGAGGAUUUCGUCCGUCAGCACGCUCGACUCAAAGGCAGAUUACGAAGAGAUCAUUCCUUUGAAACCUUCCGAGAGAAUGCUCGGUCUGGCGUCAGAUCCAGUCAGCGAGACGUACUGGGUCUACACGGAUUCAUCUCUCUUCGAACUCACCACCAAGAAUGAAACAAGGGAUGUCUGGCAAGUAUACAUGAGACGGGGUGAAUUCGACGCUGCACUCAAGUACGCAAGAACUCCUCACCAGCGUGAUACUGUUAUAGCAGCACAGGGAGAUGCAUAUCUCUCUCAGAAACAAUAUGCAAAAGCCGCCGAGCGCUUUGCGCAAACCUCGCGGAGUUUCGAACAGGUGGCACUCGCACUCGUCGAUUCUGGAGAUCGGGAUGCUCUCCAAUACUACCUUGUGGCUCGCCUUAGUCGGACUCGAAAGACCGACUUGACACAGCGGAUGAUGUUGGCAACCUGGCUUGUCGAGUUUUAUCUCGGCAAAUAUAACGAUCUGGACGACCUCAUUGCAUCUGAAAGCGCCGCUCACGACGUGGAGGAUCUCAAAGCCGAGCGAGCUAUGCUCGAUAAAGACCUCAAAACCUUCUUCGAGACGUAUCGAGAAAAUUUAGACCGCCAGACGGUAUAUGACUUGAUCCUUAGUCAUGGUCGAACAGAAGUGUUUUUGUACUAUGCGACUAUAAUCGGCGACUUUCAGCGCGUAGUCAGCCACUGGAUUCUCGAGGAGGAGUGGGAAAAGGCGAUCAACGUCAUUAGCAGUCAAGAGGAUUUGGAUCUUUACUACCGUUAUGCCUCUGUGCUAAUCCGGCAAGCGCCAAAGCUCACCGUCGAUGCUUGGAUACGUCAACCCACGUUGGACGCCGCACGACUGAUACCUGCGUUGCUGCAGCUCCAACAUCAACCACGGGAUCCCGUGAUUCCAAAUCAAGCCAUUCGCUAUCUCAAUCACAUCAUAUUCGAACAACAAAAUGUCUCCUCCACUGUCCAUAACCUUCUUAUAACUCUCUAUGCGUCGCCAUCAUUCGGAACGGACGAUCGACCUCUCCUACGCUUCCUUUCAACCGUUCCAAAGGAUAUCAUCUCUGGCAAACCUUAUUACGACCUUGACUAUGCAUUGCGAAUAUGCAGAAUGAAUGGCCGUAUUGGUCCCUGCGUCAGCCUUUACGCUGAGAUGGGCCUGUGGGAGAACAGCGUAGACUUAGCACUACAGGUAGGCGAUCUCGAACUCGCCAAGGCGAAUGCAGAUCGAGCAGAGGAAGAAGAUAUUCGACUAAAAAAGAAACUGUGGCUCAAGAUUGCCAAAUAUGUUGUCCAAGAUAAGCAGGACAUUAAAUCUGCUAUGGCGUUCAUUAAAGACACAAGUCUCCUCAAGAUUGAAGACAUUCUCCCGUUCUUCCCCGAUUUCGUGGUCAUAGACGACUUCAAGGAUGAGAUUUGCCUCGCGCUGGAGGAAUACAAGAAAGAUAUUGACAAGCUGGACGCGGACAUGAACGAAGCUGAGAAGAGCGCUGGACUCAUCCAAAAGGAUAUUGCAAACCUCAAGAGUCGAUUUGUCACGCUCGAGCCAGGGGAACGGUGCUCGUGCUGCAACUUUCCGCUUUUCACUCGCCAAUUCUACGUCUUUCCAUGUCAGCACUGCUUUCAUGCUGAUUGUCUUAUCGGAUUGGUCAAAGAGUAUCUUCCAGCACACGCGCUGCGCAAAAUACUCCUCCUCCAAGCGCAAUUGCUUCAAGCGAACAACCCGGAACAGGCCAAUGGCCCCACCACACCAUCGGUUCUUCCGCCAGCCCCGGCUCCGAGGACGCAAAGAACUCUCCUCUCUUCACAAUUUGGAGCGGCUAAUGGUGCUGCCAAUGUGCCACAAUCAAAGGGGCCAGCUACUAACCAAGUAGCGAACGGACGACCCGCGUCUUCGUUGAUCACCAAUCCUAUGGGUGGUUUACUCGCAGUCUCGAUGGCCCCAGUCUCUCUGGGUAGGAACAUGUUCGUGGCUGCAGAUCGUCUUAAGGACAUGAUCGUUCCCGAUGCAUUAGCCAAUGCCAUUGCCUUGCCUUCGCUACCAUGGGGUGGGACUGGCGCAAAUGUGCCAACGGCAGGAGGCGCGAAGAAAGUAAAGAAGGGAAGUAAAGAGGAUGAAGGUGCAGAGAAGGUGCGCGAGUCACUCGAUGAGCUUCUUGCAAGCAGCUGUCCACUCUGCGAGAGUAUGGUUGCCGGUCUUGACAAACCAUUUAUUGAACCUGGAGAGGUUGACACUUGGCAAUUGUAG